AUGCUCCUUGAAUUACACCCCCCUGCUCUUGCAACUGUUAGUGGAAAUGAUAUUGCACAAUCUGAUCAGGAAGUUAUGUAUAUUGAUGCACCUUCCUUAAAGGAAAGCACCAGCCUACCAGAUUGUCAUUCUCCUAGCACUUUUGCAGAAACUACGGACCUACUUGAAAAGGUAUCACCUCAGAAAAGCAUCUGUUCAGAGUAUACAUGCACACUGACUGAUACAGAUACAGAUCAUGAUGAAUUAUACAUGCCUUCUGCUGAAAGUCAAACCGAAACAGAGAAUGCAAGUGAUGUAGAAAUAGAAAAAAGUCCUCUAGAGCAGAAAAAAUUUGUGGUGUUUGAAAAAAAUCUAGAUGAGCUAUUUGUUACUUGUUCCACCUGUGCUAAGCCAAUAGUUGAGCAGUCUAAAAAAUGUAUUGGUAGCAUGGUGGUUGUUGAAACAGUAUGUGUUGAUGGACAUCAAAAUAAAUGGCGGUCACAGCCUAUGAUUGGUGAGAAGAUAGCAGGCAACUUGUUGCUUGCUGGAUCAAUACUGUUCAGUGGGAAUACUUUUCAAAAUGUAAACUCUUUGGCCCAGUGCUUGAACUUGGCUUUUAUUGGUAGAAGUACAUUUUAUGAUAUGCAGAAGGUUCUUUUUCCUGUAGUUGAUAAGGCUUGGAAAGACCACCAAGUUGCCCUGCUGAAUGAAACAAAAGAAUCAUCUAAGUUAGAUAUUUGUGGGGAUGGUCGGUGUGAUAGCCCAGGGCAUUGUGCAAAUUAUGGCACCUACACUGUUAUGGAGGAAAAUAGCAGUAAAAUUCUAGAUUUUGAAGUCGUUCAGGUCACAGAGGUCUCAUCAUCAAAUGCUAUGGAGGCUGAAGGGUAA